AUGUCCCAAAAUAAUCAUUCAAAUACCAAGAGAGGAAUCCAACAACAAGUUCGAUUCCCUAAAAAUAAUAAUCCACGUUCUCAUAAAGUUCAUUUGCCUACUGAUGAUAUGGACCUUAAAGUAACUUCCCCAUCAUUAUCUUCCUCUUCUUCUUCAGAUGAUAACGAAGAAGAAGAAGAUGAUGAUGAUGACGAUGAUGAUGGAGUCUUGCAAAUCAAUCCAACCCAAUCCUUAGGCGCACAAACUGCCCAACAAGUCCAUCGCAAAAACUCUGCAACAACUGCAACAACUAAUCGUCAACCUUUCUUACCUAUACCUCUUGCACCUUCUGCUUUCCUUCAAGCACCUCCUGCUACAUCAUUAUCCUCCUCCUCCUCCUCAUACACAGACAUAACCAAUAUUCCUACAGUUCCUGUUCGUGCACAUAGUCCAUUGGCAUCAACAGUUACAACUCCUACAUCACCUCCACCUGUAUUUGGUGCACGCUGGCGAGUUCAUUCAGGAUUAACACCACCCAGACUUACACCACAACAAUCAAUGCUUGGGAUACCGGAAUGGGUAACAGCAGCUGGAACUCACGAUAAUGGAACAGUCAUGACAACGUGGUCAGGAACAGGUACAGGAUUUACGAGUCGAAGUAAUAGCUACAAUAGUUUGGCUGAACAACAUUUGCGAGGGAUUGGUGGAAUUGCAAGUAGUGUGGGCAGUAAUAGUAGUGGUGCUGGGACUCAUGCUCUUGGAUCGCCAUUGUUACAGGCUAACAAUGGUCCGGAGGGGUUUAGUAUGGGUGAAGGUGGGAAAAAAGAAAUAGGAGAAAAAGAAGAAGAAAAAGAAAAAGAAAAAGAAGAAAGAGAACAUCCGGGAGGGUAUCCUGGGCGAGCACAGUGGGUUGGGGUUGGUGGGUGGAUGCGCAGACUUGGACGACGGGUUGGUGGUAAAAGUGGUGAGUUUGUGGAAGACUUAGAGCUUGGGACGAGUGAUCAUAGUGGGUACAAGAAUGAUGGUGAUGGUGGUGGUUGUUCAGGGAUUGAAUUACGAGAGUUAGACAGUGCGUUACACCGUUUAGCAGUUGAGGCUAGUGGAGGAGGAGGAGGAGGAGGAGGAGGACAAGAAAUGGUGGCUACUCGGAGGCUGGGCACCACCAUUAACAACAACAACAACAGUAAUAACAACAAUAGUUUUACAAAAGAAGAGUCAGAGGUCAAGGGAAAGGAAAGGGAAAAGGAAAAGGAAAAGGAAAAGGAAAAGGAAAAGGAAAAGGAAAAGGAAAAGGAAAAGGAAAAGGAAAAGGAAAAGGAAAAGGAAAAGGAAAAAACCGCGGACAGUGGAGGGUUUGUUGAUCCCGAAGAAACUGCGCGCGAUUUGGUGCGCGUACAUUCUCGAGGAGGAGGAAGAGGAGGAGGAGGAGGAGGAGGAGAUGGAGUUAUCCAUGGCCAAGUAGGAUCGGCAAAGUCUGGGCAGCAGCAAGCAAACCAAAAUAUCGGGAGUGGCAACUACGGAUUUCCCAGUAGGUUGAGUGAAACAAUGCGCGCGCCACCGGGGGCAACCAGCUCAGGUGGUGGUGUGGGUAGUGGCGGGACUUUUGGCAAUGAUGGAAAUGGCAGUGGUUACGUAGCAGUCGGUAACGUUAUUAGCAGUAGUAGUAGUAGUAGUAGUAGUAGUGCUGGGGGGAAUUUAGUGAUGGCAAACUUGCAUGGAAAUUCCACAGUGCCUACAAUAAAUACACACUCAGGUACUGGGCCAACAACAACAACAACAACAACAGCAACAGCAACAGCAACACCAGCAAGAUUCAGCUCAUUUGGAUUGGCCGGCGAUGAUCGGCUUUUAAAUGAUGAAGAAAAUGAUGAUCGGCCACUCGGAGUUUUGGGCACAUUACUACAGUUAUACAAUCAAACAUCUACCAUUGAUUUAGCCAGUGAAUCAUCAUCAUCUCAUACACCGAUCUUAGGAAAUUCAACUCCAGCAGGCUCAACAUCAUCACUGGUGGAACUUGCUUCUGGAGCCAUGCGACGAGCACGCAAGGCUCGGUUACAGAAAAGACAAGCACACGCUGCACGAACUGCAGUUGCCGCACGUAUUUCAGAUGAACUUCAACGACAACGGUUUGUAGUGUUACUUGCACGAGCUUUGUUAGAUUAUGGAGCACCAACACACCGGUUAGAAGAAGUGGUGGCAGCAGCAUCUCGUGCAGUAUCAGUGGAAGGUCAAUAUUUGUAUGUACCUGGAUGCCUAAUAGCUUCAUUUGGUGAUCGAUCAACACAUACAUCUAAUAUGGUGCUGGUUAGGCCAGGAACUGGAGGAAUCAAUUUGAGUAAACUAGAAGCUGCACAUCGAGUAUAUCGUGGAGUUGUUCGUGCACAGGUAGGAGCAGGGUCUGGAUGUCGAUUACUUGAGAGACUUUCAGUAGCACCUGUAUUAUAUCCUCGGUGGGUGCUAGUUUUAUUAUUUUGUAUAUCAUCUGCAGUUGUUGGUCCGUUUGGGUUUGGUGGUGGAUGGAUUGAUAUGCCUAUUAGUUUUAUUCUUGGAGGAGUUGUUGGGUUGUUGCAAGUAUGUGUUGCACCAAGGUCUGGGCUUUAUUCAAGUGUUUUUGAGGUAACUGCAUGUGUUGUUGUUAGUUUCCUUGCACGUGCAAUUGGGUCUAUUCGUGGCUCAAGUAUUUUCUGUUUUGCAGCCAUUGUACAAAGUUCUUUGGCUUUAAUUCUUCCUGGGUAUAUUAUUGUGUGUGGUGCAUUGGAGCUACAAUCACGUAGUCUUGUUGCAGGAGCAGCACGUAUGUUGCAAGCAUUAGUAUAUGCAUUAUUAAUGGGGUUUGGAAUUUCACUUGGGUCUGCAGCUUAUGGGUGGAUGGAUAAGAGUGCUACAUCUGCCACAGUAUGUGAGGAUGGUCAUGGUACUGCAGAUGCUUGGCGUGGGUUAUUUGUUCCAUUAUUUAGUGCUGGGUUAGCAUUAGUAAAUCAAGCAUCUAUACGUCAAAUUCCUAUGAUGGUAUUGAUAUCUAGUGCUGGGUAUGCAGCAUCAUAUUUUAGUAGUCAAGCACUUAAUGGUAGUAAUGGGACUACACGGGAAGUAAGUGCGGCAGCUGGAGCAUUUGUGAUUGGGGUAUUGGGGAAUAUUUAUGGUAGAAUAUUUUCAGGACAAGCAGGGAUUGGGUUUACAGCAGCAUUACCAGGGAUUUUAGUUCAAGUUCCUUCUGGAAUAGCAAUUCAGGGGAGUUUUCUUUCAGGAGUAAUUGGGGCAGAUUCGAUUGUUAAUAAGAGUGGAAGUAGUAAUGAAGAAUCUGGGAAUUCAUUAAGUGCAGGAGUUGCAAUGGUUGAAGUAAGUUUAGGAAUUUCAGUUGGACUUUUUGUAGCCGCUCUUGUUGUUUAUCCACUGGGUGGAAGGAAAACUUCAGUAGGGUUAUUUACAUUUUGA